AUGGACGAAUUAAUCGACACGGUCGUCGCUGCCAACCGCCUCAUCCACACUGUCUGCAAGACGAGGCUAGUGUCUCCCUAUCUGGAAAAUCUGCCGACCGACCUCGUUCUCGCCAUUGUUGAUCAACUGCUCACGACUGACGAAACGAACUCGUACGAGCAGGAAGCGACGUUCGAUUGGGGCUACACGCCAAAGCCGGAGGAAUGCGACCCCCUCUUCGACGGCGUGAGGGCGGCAACACGUCUCGCCUCGACUUGCAAACGCAUACGCGCCGUCGCUGACCGGGCCAUCAUACACCACGACAUACGACAUCACCACUCGUCAUGCCUGCUCCUGUCCUCGAAGAGGGGGUGCGCGGGCGGCGUGGCCAAGGCGCUGCGCUACGGCGCCGACAUCAACGCUCUCGACCGCACCGUGUUCGAGUUCUGGUUCGUCGACAAGGACUCUUACGAGUACAUGUGCAGGUCGCCGACGCGAUCGACACUCACGGCGCUGCACUGGGCCGCCUUUUACGGCCACGAAGAUCUGGUGGGGUACCUGCUAGAGCACGGCGCGGACGUCGAUGCGCGGGCGAAUAUCGCAGUAGAGGCGGAAGGGCCCGAUGCGCGUUGGGGGGUCUGCAACCUCGGCGAGUCACACAUCCAAUACGCCAUGUUGUCUCACACGCAGGAGGACUACGAGUCCGGGAACAACUUCGUCGAAUUCGACCUGGACCAGGAAGCGCCCGUCUCCCCGGACAACCCGCGCGGAGAAGACAGAAUCACCGUCACCGGCGACGCCAUGAAGACCCUCGGCGUGGGCGCGAGCCCUCUCUUCCUCGCCCUCAAAGCCUGCACGAAAGACACCGCCCGGCGGCGGUACGGACCCGCGAAGUGGAACUGGGAGGAGCACACGCCCAUCGUGACGGACGACGACACGGGCUGUAGAGCAGCCAUCGUCCGCAAACUGGUCGGCGCCGGCGCGUCGCUGAUCACGGGGACGAAGAGCAGGACCCACGCCCUGCACCAGGCGUGCGCUUACCGAGACUUUGACGUUGUUGACUUCCUCGUCUCCGAGAUGGGUGUGGAUGCGAACGUCGCGGACGAAAAGGGUGCUACGGCUGCUCAUUACAUGGCGAUGCACACCACGUACGCGCUCGGCUGGGGUGAACGGGGCCGGAUCGACUUUUCCGACCAGAACCAGGCUCUCAUCUUGCAGCUGCUCUUGAGUCGGGGGCUGAAUCUGCAUCACCUCAACAGUGAUGGUCUGACUGCGAUGGACAUGGGGCUUGACAUCGCUGGCGUUGACCUCACGAGCUGCUCACCAACGAAAUGCGUAACGAUCAGUUCUUCGCCGAUGAGCUCCCCGCUGAAGAGCUUCUCGCCGACGAGUUCCUCACCGACGAGCUCACCAUCAACGAGUUUCUCGCCUACAAAUCGCUCAACAACGUACUGA